AUGUGGGGUAGCUCCCUGUCCACCGUCGUCCGUCCUGCAGCUCGUCACCAGGCCUACCUCGGUCGGCGAGCGUACAUCGCGACAAAGCCUUUCCAAGGUGCUGCUGCUGCUCUGGCCCUCCGCAAGCCUAUACCUGCCCAGGAGCCCGAGCCCGAGCUACCGCUCACAGAAGUGGACGGGAGGCGGGUCGCAGUGCAAUGGUCGUCCGACCUGCAAAGCCGGUUCCAUCACAUCUGGCUACGUGACCACUGUCGCUGUUCCGAGUGUUUCCACCCAAUAACAAAACAGCGGAUGCUCGAUACCUUCUCCAUCCCGGCCGACAUCCAACCCCGCGCCGUGGAUGCGACAGGGGAGGGGCUCGUCAUUCAAUGGGCCUCUCCGCAUGAACACACAUCCCUAUACCCCUGGUCUUGGCUCAAGAAUAAUUCUUACGACCCGCAACAAUUCGCCCCGAAGCCGGACUGGCAAAAGCCCAUCAUAUGGGAUAACCGCACGAUCAGGACCCGUACCCCGACUGUAGAGUAUUACGAUGUGAUGGAGAAUGACGACGCGCUGUAUGACUGGUUGGCCAAGAUCAAAAAGUGGGGUGUUUGCUUCGUGCGAGGUGUUCCCGCGGACCUCAACUCGACCGAAGCGCUUGCGCGCCGGAUCUCGUUCAUCAGAGAAACACAGUAUGGGAAAAUGUGGAGUUUUACUUCUGAUCUUGCACACGGGGACACGGCUUACACAAACAUUGCUUUACCUGCUCACACCGACAACACCUACUUUACCGAUCCAGCCGGACUACAAAUAUUUCAUCUUCUAGAGCAUACUGGGGGCACUGGUGGUGAAACGCUGCUCGUCGAUGGGCUGCAUGUUGCUCGCGAAGUGCGGCGUCGUUAUCCGCGAAGUUUCGAGCUUCUGUCCCAAGUGCCGAUACCGUGUCAUGCCGCCGGGGACGAGGACACAUUCUACAGGCCGGACCCGAACUCUGGGUAUCCGGUACUAUCAGUUGAUGCCUCCACCGGGGAAGUGUGGCAUGUGCGCUGGAAUAACAAUGACAGGAGCGUGGUGAAUGCCGUGCAUCCUGAUCUGAUGGAAGCGUGGUACCAAGCCAUACGGGACUGGAAUCGCUGCCUGACGGAGCCGUCAGCCGAGUACUGGGUCAAGCUACAGCCGCGCACAGUAGUGGUGAUCGAUAACCAGCGAGUGAUGCACGGGCGUGCAGAGUUUACCGGGCGCAGACAGCUGUGUGGGGCGUAUAUGGGAAAAGACGACUUUAUGAGCCGGCUGCGGGUGUUGUGGGAGAAAGGGGAGGCGGGCGCGUUGGAUGUUCACGAGCGUAGGAAUGUGUGGUCGCCUGGGCUGUGA